UUUGUUGCAACUAAUUUCAUAAUUUCUGAUUAAAAUAAAUAAAUAUAGAUAAAAGCCAAAUAAAAUGAAAUCUCCCUGCAACCGUUAUUUUGAAGUUGACCUCUCACUCCACUGCACUGACUGCUUCGCAAAAAUGUACGCCUUACUCCUCCUGCUUCUCCUGUUCUUCACAAACCCAGCCUCACCUUCCUCCUUCCCAGAUCGUUUUACCAAAUCCCUAUCCGCCAAUCUUCUGAAACACAAAUCCCAAGAAUACCUCGAGGUGGGCCAUCCCCUACCGUUCGAUCAGCUGACCCCAUCCUGCUCCCACCGAGUCCUCACGCACUCCUUCGCCAACACCAUGAAUGGCCCUGCCUUCUCCACCGACUACUCCCCGCCAUUCGAUUGCCCAUCUCCCUGGUCCCACAUCGCCCUCGAGUUUCGCGCCAAAUGCAAAGGCGAGCAGUACGACCGGAUAGUCGGCUUGUGGCUCGGCGGCGCGGAGCUCCUCCGCACCAGCACGGCCGAGCCGACAGAAAAAGGAAUCUUCUGGAAGGUUCGAAAGGACAUCACCAGAUACUACUCUCUCCUCGCGCGCUGCGACCUCAACCUCACGAUGAUGCUCGAGAACGUCGUUGACCACGUCUACACCGGCGUUUACCACGUCGAAGUCCAUUUCCUCUAUUACAACCAAAACGUCGCCGUUACGCUUAACCCCGUGAUGAGGGUUGCUUCGAUAAUCCCAUAUCAAAAUUUGGGAACUGUUGCUUACGAACCGGCCGAUUUGAUCUUUCCGAUAUCCGAUAACGGAGAUAAAGGAUGCUGGUUCCGAAUCGAGAGCGAAUCGGAUUUCCACUCCAAGGAAAUCCGGAUCCCGCGGAACACACGACGACUCGUACUGGAGCUGUACGUGUCGUUUCACGGAAACGACGAGUUUUGGUACUCGAACCCGCCAAGUUUAUACAUCACAACGAACAACUUAGCGACCGGGCGCGGCAACGGAGCUUACAGAGAGGUUUUCGUGACAGUCGACGGCGAAUUGGUGGGUUCGGAAGUUCCAUUUCCGGUGGUGUUCACCGGCGGCAUCAACCCUUUGUUUUGGGAACCGGUGGUGGCGAUCGGAGCCUUCGACCUUCCUUCGUACGAUUUGGAAUUGACGCCGUUUCUGGAGAAGCUUCUAGAUGGGAAAGCUCAUAGCUUUGGAAUUGGAGUGGCUGAUGGGAUUUCAUAUUGGCUUGUGGAUGCCAAUUUGCACAUUUGGUUGGACCAUCAAUCAAAAACAGUGAAGGCCAAAUCAAGCGUUUUGCCUCCGCCUCCUGCUAUUGUAGUGAAUCGAGGUACCCAGUUUAAACAGCUUGAUGGGGUUUUUAAGAUCAGAGCAGAGAGAAGCAGUGAAUUUGUGGGAUGGGUUAAGUCCAGUUCAGGCAACUACACCACCACAUUCUCCCAGCGGUACAAUUUCAAGAGCUCGAUUCGAUUCGCAAAGAACGGGACUUAUAAAUUGGUGAAGCAGAAAGUCAAGGCCAAAAGGGAAGUGAAGGUUGUGAAUGAGAAAGGUGUGGUGGUGCUUAGGAACAGAGUUAGGAGGAGGUACCCUAUCAAUGUCAUCACCGCUACUUUACCUGGGUCUCACAAGGACACUUAUGUGUUAGUCACAAACAUGUCACAUUCGAUGAAGGAGAAGAGCUUGCAUGGAGACUAUUCGACUCGGGUUUAUAACAGUCAGGAUUCAAGAGGGUGGAUGGAGGUGAAGGAUCACUCUGUUCUCUCUGGAACUGCAAAUACUGAGCAGAGUUUUCGUUACAGUGGUGAGUUUGGUUGUUAUUCAAGAACUGUUGGUACAAGUGAUGGCAAACUCAUCAGGGAUAACUCCACCUUCCAUUGUUUGUCUGUCUCAUGAUGAUUUUGUUUCCGUUGGCUAUCUUUCUCUGUUGCAAGUUUUCAUGGCUUCCAACUCCUAUCCAUGUAUGAGUUUUUUUCUUCUUUAAUCUUUU